CAUUGGUGGCGGUCCCGGACAAUAGGUCACAUCUGGAAUUAUGGAUGACAAGACAGAGAAGCUCAACCUGAAGCGGGAAGUUGGGCUGGUGGGAGCCGUGUCCCUCAUCGGUGGGACGAUGAUUGGAUCUGGGAUCUUCAUGUCCCCACAGACGGUGCUCUCCACCAUAGGCAGCCCUGGAGCCAGUUUGGUUGUGUGGGCAUGCUGUGGCUUACUGGUUAUAAUGGCGUCUUUCUGCUACGCUGAGCUGGGCACUGUUAUCAGAGAAUCCGGGGGGGAGUACAUCUACAUCCUGAAAACCUCAGGCCCGGUCGUCGCCUUCAUGCUAAUCUUCAGCUCUGUGUUGUUUGUGAGACCUGCUGGUGUCGCCGGCAUCUCACUGAGUUUUGCUCAAUACGUCUUGGCUCCUUUCUACGCAGACUGCCCCCCUCCGUUGCUGCUGGUGAAGGGCAUGGCUGCAGUUUCAAUAUUAGUGCUUGCCACCGUGAACUGCCUUAAUGUUCGCUUUGCAAUGAAAAUCCAAGUUUUUUUUAUGGUGGCCAAGCUUCUGGCGCUGGUGGUCAUCAUAAUAGGAGGGUUGGUGAUGCUCAUAAGAGGACACACUGAAAACUUUGAAAACUCCUUUGAGAACACACAUUUGGGCCUCAAUCCAAUUGGGAUUGCUUUCUACCAGGGACUGUGGUCCUAUGAUGGCUGGAACAACCUGAAUUAUGUAACUGAAGAGUUAAAACGUCCAGAGUUUGUGCUGGCUGCUAUCGGCAGCCCCGGGGCAAGUUUUAUCAUAUGGACCCUCUGUGGUUUCAUAUCCAUGCUAGCAGGACUUUGCUAUGCUGAACUGGGAACAGUCAUACCAGAGUCUGGAGGAGAGUUUAUCUACAUCCUGCGGACAGCCGGAAAAGUGGUGGCCUUUAUGUUUUCCUUCAGCUUCAUCGUGGUCAUGAGGCCUGCCAGUGCCACAGGAGUUGCUCUGAGCUUUGCUGAAUAUGUUAUUGCCCCCUUCUACAGCGGCUGCACCCCUCCAAUAUUGGCAGUAAAGUGCAUAGCUGCAGCAGCCAUCAUGGGUCUGACUGCCGUUAAUUGUCUGAGCGUACGCUUGGCUGUCUGGAUCCAGGUGGUUUCCAUGGUAUUCAAACUGGUUGCAUUGGCCGUGAUCAUAUUGGGAGGCAUUGUGAUGCUUUUCCAGGGACACACUGAGAACUUUGAAGAGCCCCUUGAGAACACAAAUGCUGAUAUCAGCUCCAUUGGCAUUGCUUUCUAUCAGGGCUUGUGGUCCUUUGGCGGGUGGAACACUUUGAAUUACCUAACUGAGGAACUGAAGAAUCCAGAAAAUUCCAUGUGGAUGCCAAACUAUCAAAUGCUGGAUCACUCUUACUGGUUCUGA